AUGGCUCACGAACAUUCAACACCGGCUGCUGGAGCUGCAAGUGGAUCCUAUUCGGCACAGCAUGGAGGUAAUGGUGUUGGUGGUGGCAGCAGCUGGGGUGGCUCUUCUACAUUAACCUCCUCUAAUUUAACGCCAGUCUCGUCGCUGUUGUCGCCCUCAGCGGCACAAGCCACCAACUCCUAUCUUAUGCCCACCAGCCAUCCUACGGCCCGCCGUGGUAGUGGUGAUAGCUAUCGUCCUGCAGUGAAGAAGUCCAACGGACAACUCCCUGCCUGUCUGGUAAAUGCUUCGGUAACCUACUGUGGAAACAACCAAAUUUAUGCAUUUGGAGGCUUCGAUCAGUACACAGACGAAGUUUACAAUCAUGUCCUCCGGCUGGAUCUUACGGCCCUCAAGUGGACUUUGGUCGAUAAUUAUGGAGACAUCCCUGGUGUUCGGAUGGGCCAUACAGCGUCUCUGUACCAAGGCAAUAAACUUAUUGUGUUUGGCGGCGAGAAUGAACACCAUGAGUAUCUCUCUGAUGUGGUUAUUCUCGAUAUUGCCACAUCCACGUGGGCAUCCCCCGACAUUCGAGGACCAAUCCCUCGCGGAAGAGCUCGACAUGCCUCGGUGGUUUACGAGGAUAAACUUUUUGUUGUUGGAGGAAUAACUGGUGAAACCAAUUUUAUCCUCGACGAUAUAUGCUAUCUCGACUUGAAAACCUGGACUUGGUCCCGUUCGUGGAGUUUUGUUGCUCGAUUCGAUCACACCGCGUGGAUCUGGGGAGGCCGCCUUUGGGUUUUCGGGGGUCUUGGUUCGGAUAUGGAGCGUGGCACCGAUCUUUGGUGGUUGGACUUGAAAGGCUGCCCGUCUUUCGGCAUGUCAUCCUCUCAAGGUACCGUCGAAUCCCUAGGAACGCUCGAUAGAAUGACUGACAGCCCAGGAGCCCAAUAUAGUCCUGCCACCGUGCAAGGACGUCCCAGCGGCUAUGCUGCCAAUUCAGCUAGCGUGCAGGUAAGAGCCUUCAACCGCCGAAAACUCACUGCUCCCGGGGCGAUUUCUUCCCUCAAGUUCCGCUCUGGUCCCCAUGUACCAACGCUUCUUUCCGGAACCCACUUCCAUGUUUAUUCCUCUGGCGUUCUUCUUGACCUAGUCACCCCGUCCGAGACCGUUCGACCUUGGGAUUGCAAUCUGGCGUCUUUGGAGCUCGAUUCUCUGAGGUGGCAGCGUCUGGCAGAUGGACCGGAGAUCUUCAAAUCAGGAUACCGCUGGCAUUAUUGUACUCUUAACGAAGACGGUACGAAAGCCUGGCUACUUGGAUGUAGCCUUGAUGUGACAAAUGGAACUGGUAUUGGUGACGAAAAUCGUUUGAACCAAGUGCUUCCCAUUGAUCUUGAGCGGUAUGGUCUGCUAGGGAAUGACCUCGCGUUUGAGAAUUCAGAGCACGCUAGAAUACUUGCGCCGGAGCGACAGGAAUCUCCCCGCUGCACGGGGCUUGGCACUGACCUAAUUGCUGUAUUCGACCAACCUCCUGAAAAUGGUAGCGGAACUGACUUUAUCAUUACCGCUGAGCGCGAUGACCUUAAUUACUCAGAAUCUAGUGAUUCAUCAACCGUGUCGCCCUCUUCCCAAAAUGAAGCCAUCUUUGUUCCAAACAGCGCCUGCACCUCUCAGCCAAUCCACGUUCACAGGAUCAUCCUACAAGCUCGGUGGCCGCACUUUAAACGUCUAUAUUCUGCUCAAAUGGCGGAAUAUCAUACCAAAAGAAUGCACAUCCCUGAGCCAUAUUCUUUCGUCCGAGCAUUCCUUUACUACCUAUACACUGACAGCAUUGCGGGCCAUCCAGAGUACUGCUCUGACAUUAUUGAAGUGGCUGGAAUGCUGGUAAUGGCUAACCUCUACGACAUGCCUAAACUCCGGCUAUUGUGCGUUAAUCGACUCAGUCGGGAGCUGGACGUCAAUAAUGCUGCAAUUAUCUGGGAUCGUGCUGGAAGGACGAAUGAGGAAUGGCUGAAGCGUCGUGCUGCCGUGUUCUGCCUUGCGAACUGGGGUCGCAUUGUCAGAACUGAGGGAUUCCGCAGUCUAAGCAGGCAGAGCUUGAUGGAACUAUGCGAAGUAGUGGAUAUGGAGGGGCGAGUGAUUCCUGGACAUGAACUUGAGUUAGCUGGCGAGUUGGAUGCGUUUGGUUCAGGUGGGGAUAAUAAACGAAGUCGUGUUGUGGUUGGUAGUACGCCUGGCCCGGGGAUGGAGGACCUUGAGGAUGGCGAUGGAGAUGAAGAUGAUGGCAUGGAGCUGUCGUGA